AACACCACUCUUUUCUUUAAAGUUCCAUGUUGCUAGUUAUGGUACAUGCCUGAUUCUUGAAGAUUUGAUUGGUAGGCUUUUCCUGUUUCCAAAUUAGCUUUGGUGUUUUGAGUCUUUUAGGAAGAGCAGGCUCUCCUCCCAUCUCAUCACUUUGCUCCAAAAGCCUAAGUUAGUGUGUGCUGUUUGCUUAAUGAUGGGGUUGUUUCUCCCGUGUCUCCCCUUCCUUUAUGCUCUGGGUUUAAAGUUUCACUUUCUGGAAUCUGGGCUGUGCGCUUCUUUAAUCUGUGGCAGAUUUAGUUUGUUCCUCAAGGCUAUGAAGCAUAUCUCCAGCUGUAAUAUAGUUCCAGCAGGCCUUUGCCUGGACGGUGGACCUUUCUUUUGCCCUUCUUUUUAUCUGUAGAUAGGGAUAAUGUGAUUGGUCUUGAAGGGACUGAUUGCUUUUCACCUCCAUUAGGAUUACCAGUUGAGGUGAUACUGUUUUCCCUCAAACAAACUAGUUGAAGUAUUUAUGCGAAAUAAAGACCGCUGCAUAGUUAAUCAAAAUUUACUCUUUUGUUCAAGGGAAUUAAGGAUCAUUUGUGUUUCUGGACAAUUCGAGAUGUACUCAGGCCAGCAAUCUGAUCAGGGUCCUAGUGCAAGUAGUGGCAAAGAAUUCUCGGAGGCAAAUUGGAAUUCUGUCACAAUGCAUCAAAAGAUGGGUUAUCACAGUGGACCGUAUGCAUUUGGACCUUACAUCAUGGAGUCAGAAGAAAGACCAGGGUUGUAUAGAUCUUCUACUGGUGCAUUCAGUCAGAACAUCCAAAUGAGUGAUGAGCAUAGUGGAGGUGUGAAGAAAAGGAAAGGAAUUGAUGACUGUGUUGCCUUGUUGCAAAAUGUGGGUGAUGAACAAACAGAGGGUUCAUCUCAGCCAGAAAGGAAUUCAAUGGAGGGGAACAGAAAGAUUUCGCCCAAAAUGCAAAGCAAGGAAGAUUCUUCUGAUGGUGAUGGUACUAAAGAGGAUUAUGUUCAUAUCCGGGCAAAGCGAGGCCAAGCCACUAAUAGCCAUAGCCUUGCAGAAAGACUGAGGAGGAAAAAGAUAAGUGAGAGAAUGAAGCUUCUUCAAGAUCUUGUUCCAGGAUGCAAUAAGAUCACUGGCAAGGCAGUCAUGCUUGACGAGAUAAUCAACUAUGUGCAGUCAUUACAACGACAAGUCGAGUUCUUGUCAAUGAAACUUGCUACUGUCAACCCUGAGCUUAGCUUUGACAUUGAGCAGAUCCUGUCCAAACAAAUGACACUUUCACACGACAGGCAUCUUGCUUUCUAUGGAGCCGACCCAGGAUCAAGCAGCCUUGUCGCCCAGUUUAACCAAGGAAUCAUGCAGCCAGAAAUGAUGUGCAAUGUUUCCAAUCCUGUUGAUGUUUUGCAGGGAACAAUUCAUGACAUCUCCACAAUGAGCCAGAUACCUGCAAUAUGGGAAGGACUUCAGAACAUCUCUCAUAUGAACUUCAACCCUGGUGUGGCAGCAGAUAGCGGCACCAACGACUCCGGUUCCAUGAAGAUUGAACAAUGAGCUGCUGGUAUAGCUCUGAAAUUGAUAUGUGAAUCACAGAAUCUUCGUAAAGCACUGCAGAAUGAAGUUUUUGUAUAGCUGGAGGCCUAACCAUUCAUUGUCGGUUUCCUUCUGUUGCUCCCCAUAGUGUAUGGCGUAUCGGGUAUGGCAUCUGAAGAUCCUGUACAGUUGGAGCUGAAAAACCGAUUCCACUGUAAAUUUCUUUUGUGCUUUAGCCUGUGGAAAGUCGGAACCCAGUAUUAUUCAUGAACUCCAAGGGUAGAAGCCUAGGACAAUACUAAAUGAGUAGUAGAAUGGAACCGUGGUUAAAAAAUGCAGAGUUUUGUCGAAAGUUCCAUGAAUCAUUCACUGUUUGCAGCAGGUUUCAUCCUGCAAUGCAAGGAUACUCAUUAUUGUUACCAGUAGGGACCGAACUUCAAAAGAAUGGAAAUGUAUGAUUAUAUGUUUUUAACAAAAAUAGUAGGAAAUGAUAAUACUAUGUUUAUAUUACUAUAAUGG